AGGACCCUCCCCCGACGAUGGAGCUGGCCGUGCUGGUCCUCCGAGACCUGCUGGAGUAUUCCUGCCAGCUCCCAGAACUGGCGCGGGACAUUGGCACCAACCACAUCCCGGGACUCUUGACCUCCUUGUUGGCCCUCAAGCCAGAGUGCCAGCUCUCUGCCUUGGAAGGAAGCAAGGCCUGCAUGAUGUUUUACCCUCGCGCGUGUGGCUCCUUGCGAGGCAAGCUGGCAACCUUUUUCCUGGCCCGCGUGGAUGCAGAAAUGCCUCACCUGCAGCAGCUGGCCUGUGAUUGCUACGCGCUCCUGCCCUCCCUGGGGGCCGGCUUUGCCCAGGGACUCAAGUACACGGAGUGCUGGCACCAGCAGGCCCACUGCCUUUUGGCCACGCUGCACAGCCUGCUGGGAACACUCUACGAGGGCGCCGAGACAGAGCCUCUGAAUUACGAGGGGCCGGGGGAGGAGAUUUCUCUGCCAGCGCCGGAGGAGGGACAGACCAGCAGCUUCCUCCUCCUCCUGAAGCUCCGCUUUGCAGGCCUGGCCCGGUGCCUUUGCAAGAUGCUGAGGAACGAGUUUCCGGCCCCUGUGACGGUUCCUGUGCAGGACAUUCUGGAUCUCAUUUGUCGCGCCCUCAAUAUCUCCACCAAAAACAUUGGUUGGUUUGGUGACGGUCCGUUACGGAUGCUGUUUCUGCCUUCGAUCCACCUGGAGAUCUUGGACUUGCUCUCUGCUCUCAUCUUGGCGUGUGGUCCUCGGCUGGUGCGGUUUGGGGGCCUUCUCUCCCGCCUGUUCCCACAGGUGCUCACCACCUGGAGUGCCGGGCGGGACCUGCCCCUCCCCGGGCAGGAGCGCCCCUACAGCGCGGUGCGGACUCGCCUGUACCAGGUCCUGGAUCUCUGGGUGCAGGUGGCCGGAGCAGCGUCCGGCGUCCUGCAGGGGCACCGACCGCACAGCGAGGCCCUCCUGGGUCACUUCAUCGCUGACAUCAGCCCCCCGACUGAGUCGCUCAAGCUGCGAGAGGGCGGCCCUGCCUCGGACGGGAAGCCCAGUGCCCCAAAGAGGCCCCGGCUGUCGGACCUGGGGAGCUCGGGGCCCUCCGCGCACCGCAAGCACGACCCCUGGGCAAACAGCGACGUCUGCCUGGCUGCCCUGCAAGGGACGCUGGGGGGGGACGCCUUCUUGACUUCCUCCCUUUCCGACACCCGCCAGAGGCUGCAAGAGCUGGUGAUCCCCCUGCUGAUCCGCCUGGGCCAGGCCGAGCCCCUCCCCGGCUCCCCCUACGCGAGGGCCAGCUGCCGCCGGGAGCUCUACCGCCUGCUCUUGGCCCUGGUGCUGGCGCCGGCCCCCUCCUGCCCGCCACCUCUGCAUUGCGCUCUCAGGCUGCUGAGCCAGGGGCGCACGGAUGCCCAUCUCCAGGUCUCUUCCUUCUGCGCCGAGGCCCUGGUGUUCUGCAGCGCCCUCCUCCACCCCCGGGUCCCCUCCUUGCAGCUCCCGCUGGCGGGGCCUUCUGGCCCACCCCCCGGCUCCUCCGAGAUCUCGCCCGCCCUGGCUUCCCCCUUCCACCCUUCGGCGCCCCCCUCCGCGGCCACCUCGGCCAAUUCCCUGGGGCUGCCCCUGCCCGGCCUGAGCCUGGGCCAGUUGCCCCCCCGCCUGACCCCCGAGGAGCCCGCCCUUCUGGCGUCCCCCGGCACGGCAGAAGCGGCGGCCUUGGCGGCGGGAGCCAAGCUGCGGCGCCCCGUCUUCAUCCACUACGACAAGGAGGAAGAGGAGGACGUGGAGCUCUCCCUCGAGAGCGACUCUGACGACAGCGUGGUCAUCGUGCCCAAGGGGCAGCUGGGGAAGAUGGUCAACAGCAUGAGCAUGGCGGCCGUGGUGGCUGCGGUGCCAGCCCCCGCCCCGGCGGCACCCCCGCCCUUGCCUCCGGCAGCCCCUCCCACCCCAGUGCCAGCCUCUCCCCCGGUGCCAGCCUUGGAGGAGGCCCUGGCCGAGCCGGCGGUGCCCCUUCCCCUGGGGCCCCCCUCGCUCCCUCCCUCGGCGGCGGCGCUGGUGCUCCCGCCCUCCCCCGUCCCCCUUGUGAGCGAGGCCUCCCUGCCCGCCCUGGUGGAGGAGGACACCCCCACCGUCAUUAACAUCAACAGCAGCGAGGAAGACGAGGAGGAGGAGGAGGAUGACGAGGAAGACUUCCCUGAGGACGAAGAGUACUUUGACGAGGAGGAAGAGGAAGAAGAGUUUGACGAGGAGGAGGAGGAGGAGGAGGAAGAGUUCGAAGGGGAGCUGGAUGAGGAGGAAGAGGGAGAGCUGGACGAGGAAGAGCUGGAGGAGCUGGACGAAGAGGAGGAGGAGGAGGAGUUUGACGAGGACGAAGAGGAAGGGAUGACAGAGGAUGAAAAGGACGAGGAGGAGGAAGGCCUGACAGAAGAGGACGAGGAGGGGCUGCCGCCCCCCUUGCCCCCCAGGACUGACGAGCAGCCCCCCGAGCUGCUGCCUAGGAAGGAGGAACCCCCCAAGCUGGUGGAGGAGGAAGAUGAAGGAGCAGGACUUCUCAUGGAGGUCGAUGAGGAGGCCUUCCACCCGCCGGAGGAGGCGGCGCUCAUGGUGAUGAAGGCGGAAGAGCCCCCCUCGCCCCCCGCCAAAGCCCUGCUGGCGCCACCCCUCCUGCUCCCGGGCAGCACCUCGGCCCUCCCGGUGUCCUCCGUGCCGGAGGCGCCCCCUCCACGGCCUGCCCGCGAUGAGGAGGAGGAGGAGGAGGAGGAGAAGCCCCGUGUGGAGCGGGAGGGCCCUCCGGAUGGGGCAGGUACAGCAGCCGCGUCCCCCGGGGCCCUGGUGGCAAUAGCAGAGGAGGAGGAGGAGGAGGAGGAGAAGAGGAAGAAGGUGGCGGCGCACGAAGGCCCGGCCGGACAGGCAGGGCAGGAGUUGCCAGGCAUCCUGAAGAAGCCCGAGAAGGAGGAAGAGGAGGAGGUUGUGGAGGUGAAGGCAAGCUGUCCCUGGGUAUCCUUCUGGCUUUUCCUGUCAUCUUCCUCGCCAUAUCAGGAGGAUAUUGUAGUUGCAAAAUGCCUGCUGCAGAUCCUUCAGGUGAGUCUCUCUGUCCGAGAGGUUGGAGCAGAGGCACCUAUAGUGUAG